UGCCAUACUUUUACCUAAAUUUGUUGUUUUCUUUUUGCGUUUUACUUGCAAUCCGAGGAUAACAGUAUAGUUAGUGUACUGGCUGUUGACUAAGGUUUUAGGUCAUCAAGGUUUUUCGUCCCGCCUAUCCCGGAAAAUCGGCGAAAUUUGUAUUUUGAGCUGACGUGGAUUCUGUAGCUUGUUGCCUUUUUUAUGUUUGUGUUACAACACCAAACUAAAGUAUUGCUUUUGUGAAGUUCAGUAUAUUAUACGUAUGUGAUUUGGAUAGUAAACAAAUGAUAAAAGAACCUCAUUUGGCCUGCCGUCGGAAUCGAAGAAAUUUAAAUCGCAGCCCAAACAGGGAAUGUAAUGACUGAUUGUGGUUGGAUCAUGGGCUAUUGGCUGCUUCUUUUGAGCCUGUUGCCGCAGAUCGUAUGGACUGCCACUUAUAAGCAAGGUGAUCCCGUUGUGCUUUACGUAAACAAAGUAGGGCCUUAUCACAACCCCCAGGAAACCUACCAUUAUUAUACACUUCCUGUCUGUAGACCUAAAGAGGUGCAGCAUAAAGCCUUAAGUCUCGGAGAGGUUUUAGAUGGGGACAGAAUGGCAGAGUCUUUAUACAACAUCCGCUUUAGGGAAAACACAGAAAGGCAGACACUCUGUCAGCUCACACUCUCAGAGAAGGAGGUAUAUCAGCUUAGAGAAGCUAUUGAGGAGCUCUACUACUUUGAGUUUGUCCUGGAUGAUAUUCCAAUCUGGGGCUUUGUGGGAUACAUGGAGGAAAGUGGCUUCUUGCCUCACAGUCACAAGGUGGGGUUAUGGACACACUUGGAUUUCAACAUAGAGUUUAAUGGCAACUCUGUGAUCUUUGCGAACGUGUCUGUUAAAGAUGUGAAGCCGGUGCCUCUAGAGGAGGGAGUAGUUGGCCAUGGUGCAGAUAGCAGCAGUGGAGUUCUUUCUGUGACCCACACUUACAGUGUACACUGGUUUGAGAGCCCUUUUCCCCAUGCACAUAGGGCUGAGCGCCUCCGAGACUACUCCUUCUUCCCCAAGACCCUGGAGAUUCACUGGCUGUCAAUUAUCAACUCAUUGGUGCUGGUGGUGCUGCUUCUUGGCUUCGUCAUCAUAAUCCUGAUGAGGGUGCUAAAAAAUGAUUUUGCUAGGUACAAUGUAGAAGAAGAUGGAAGCUGUGAUGAUCUGGAUCAGGGUGACAAUGGCUGGAAGAUCAUUCAUACUGACGUCUUUCGCUUUCCACCAUAUAAGAGCUUGCUGUCUGCUGUACUCGGUGUGGGAGCUCAGUUUCUUACUUUGGCCACUGGAAUCAUUGUCAUGGCGUUACUAGGGAUGUUCAAUGUGCAUCGCCAUGGCGCCAUUAACUCUGCAGCGAUUGUACUGUACGCGUUGACUAGCUGUGUGUCAGGAUACUGCUCAUGUAGCUUUUACACUCAGAUCCAUGGGGAGCGAUGGGUUUGGAACAUCAUCCUCACCUCCACCCUCUUCUCUGCUCCUCUUUUUCUUACCUGGAGUGUAGUAAACUCCGUUCACUGGUGGAGUGGUUCCACACAAGCUCUUCCUGCAUCCACUGUGCUCCUGUUGCUAGGUGCUUGGGUGCUAGUGGGCUUUCCUCUCACAGUCAUUGGUGGAAUUGUGGGCAAGAAUCGGGCCGGCACCUUCCAGGCUCCAUGUCGCACGCGCAACAUUCCCCGUCAGAUUCCCAAGCAGCCCUGGUACAAACACACAGCUGUGCACAUGGGCAUUGGAGGAUUUCUACCUUUCAGUGCCAUCUCAGUGGAGCUGUACUACAUCUUUGCCACUGUGUGGGGUCGAGAGCAGUACACUCUUUAUGGAAUCCUGCUCUGUGUGUUUGCCAUUCUUCUCUCUGUGGGGGCCUGCAUUUCCGUUGCCCUCACCUAUUUCCUAUUAUCAGGUGAAGACUACCGCUGGUGGUGGCGUAGCAUCCUGAGCACAGGAUCCACUGGACUUUUUAUAUUUGUCUACUCUGUUUUCUACUACCGAAAUCGAUCCAGCAUGACUGGCCUAGUACAAAGCACAGAGUUCUUUGGCUACUCCUUGCUCACAGCAUUUGUGUUUUCACUCAUGCUGGGGACUGUUUCAUUCUGGGCCUCAUUGGCGUUCAUCCGCUAUAUCUAUUGCAGCCUGAAAAUGGACUGAGAGCUUGAAUAAAAAUUUUUUAAAGAAAACUUGUGCACAAGAAACUAAGGAACUUGUCUAGACAGACUUUAAGUUGAUUGACUGAACUGUUACUAAAUAGUUUCUUAUGUUAAACUGAAGGUGUCGAAAUAGGUCCAAUUAUUGAUUUUAGAAAUAGACUACAAAUUUAAUGUUUGAUACAUUUUUGGAUUUUCUCAAAAUGAUCCUGAAGCUUUUUUGUGGAAAAUGCAUAUAUUCCAUAAAAGUAAUAGUCACUAAAAGCUACUAAGUGAAGAACUGCAUGUUUAGUUAUUACUUUGUUGCAACAAAAGUUUACUGAAAUUGUAUUAGAGCAUCUAAUGCAUGGUGCAUAAUCAGUUUCAAAUGAAAACUCAGAUCUCAAGUUUUUUUUGGGAUGUGGUACAUAACUUUGAGUUAAAAAAAAGCAACAUGUAAUUUCUUGCAUAUGGCUGAUGGGUUUAGAAGGACAAAUGUAUAUAUACAUUUCCAAAAGGGACAUGGGAUUUUUUAAUAGUUGUUUGAAUAAUAAGUUUACAGAGAAGGAAGAAGAAUGCUAAUGGAGGCAGUAAGUGUGCAUAAUUAUUGUUGGUGCAUUAAAUAUUUCUAAGAUAAAAUUGGAAUAUAUAUUUAUGACAAACUAUUAUUAGUUGGUAAAAAUGUGUUGCAUCUAUUCAGUGUUUGGAUAUUUGGUCAACUAUUUAGAUUUGGUUUGUUAUUGCACUAACAGGCUAAUGUACUUAAGCUGAUCAGACCAACAGCUUAGAAAGGAUACUGUUACAACAAAACAUUGAUGCUACCAUAUUUGAUACAGUAGUAACUGAAAGCAUACUCUAAUACACAAAACAACUGUUUAAACUAGAAUCCAAGAGAGUUUAAUUCACUAUUACCUGUCUGUGCAUUGGAAGAAUAAAAAACAACUUGUAAAACUAA